AUGAGUUUUAAAAAAAAAGAAUAUAAACUUGAGGAUGGCGGUCUAAUCCUAGAACGUAUACGAGAAUAUUUUAACGUGCCUUUGACCACACCUCCAACAAAACUACCUUUAAAUCAUACUGAUUCUCUUUACGUUGACAUCGCUGCCUAUUUUAAGCUACCACUGGAGAAUGUUUGCUGUAGAAUCACCACAAUUGCUAUUCUUCGAAACCGAGAAGUAUGGGAAAGAUAUCAACAGUUUAAAAACUUGAAAAAGCAAAUGGAAGCAGAGGCUAGAAGCGCUUCAACCUCGGAUUAUACAAGCUGUUUCAAUGAUACGGUCUUAUUUCAUGGUACACAUCCUGAUAAUGUCCAUUCUAUACUCGAACAUGGUUUGGAUAGUCGGUUAUCCAGACAAUUUGGAAAUUGUGGUCCUGCAAUAUAUUUAUCACCGAGUUUUGAAAAAUGUGAUCUUUUUGCAAGUCGCCACAAUAAUGCAGAAAGAUGUUUGAUAGUAUGUGUAACUGCGCUCGGUAAAAUAUAUGACAAUACAAAAUUUCAAGCAGUUGAUCCACAUACAAAAUUUCCGCCAAAAGGAUACGAUAGUGUUAAGCACUACGUUGCAGUCGCUGAUGAAUAUGUUGUUUAUGAAAAAACUCAAGUGUUACCUAUAUUGGUAAUCAAUUAUGAGCGAGAGAACAAAAACUUUCCGGAUCUUACUUCUCAGAUUUCAGUCUUAGGAUACACACAUCCUCCCAGCUUUACGAAUAUGACUUUGCAUAGUCCAUUUUCAGUUUCUAGCUUUGCAAAUUUGCCCGUGAAUAAUCCAUUCGCUAUUGUAAAUAAUCAAUCAAACGCGACAAUGAACAAUUCAUUCUCAACUCUAAAUAAUCAGCCAAAUGUACCUAUGAAUAAUUCAUUCCCAUUUCUGAAUAAUCAAACAAAUGUUUCAUUACCAUCUUCCGGGAAUUCUGGUGGUUUAGGUGGUUUACUCUUUGGAUUACAGUCAACCAAAAGUUUCCUAACCCCUUCAAGCCCAUCAAAUUCACUAACUUACUCUAAUUUUAAUACUGGAAGUCCCCCUUCAAACCCAUCAAAUUCACUAACUUACUCUAAUUUUAAUACUGGAAGUCCUCAAUUCCCAAAAGGAUGGUCUCCUCUACUUGUUGCGCAUUCGUCAGCCUUGCCAUCAUCUAACAAUUCGCCUGCUGAUUACACAAUGCGUAAAGCUCGUACGGCAUUGCAUCAAUGGAUUGCCAAAAUAAACUUGACGAAUGGAAACUCGAAUUUUUCUGGUGCACAACUUGCAGACAAACAAUAUUGGCCAAGUGUAUCAAAAUCAAGGUUUCCAAAUUUGGCAUCAUAUUUAGCUUGGGUAAUGUCAACAAAAGGAGGAACCAUAAGAGAGCUCGAUUCUGAUCUAGUGGAAAUGUUAAGAAAAUUGGAUAGUUGUGAAGGGAUUGUUUAUGCUAGACGUCAUCACGUCGAAUCAACGCGUGCUGUUAAUUGGCACGAAGUAUUAAUACCUGCAAGCGAUCAAAGACUUCAAGAAGCAUAUUCAACUCAUGAAGGAUGCACAAUAUGCGCUGAUUCAAUACUCACCAAUCUCACCCAAGUUUCAGACAUUACACAAAUGAAAAAUUGUCCUCAUGUUUUUCACAAAUCAUGUAUUGAGGCAUGGUUAAGCAUGCCAUCAUCACCAAGAGCAUGUCCUAAUUGCAAAACUCCAUGUCACGAUCCUUUCGCAGCUCCAACUGUUGGACCAAUGCCAGAUGGAGAUAUGGCAUAUAUAUUUAAUGAGACUUUGGGCGCCUGGUUCAUUUGUUAUGGAAUACCAAGUGAUAUCCAGGUCUCAUGCCACCCUUCUCCUGGUAUGCCAUUCAAAGGCACCACUCGAAUUGCAGUAUGUCCUAUAUACUUAAAAUGGGGCCCCUUAUUAUUCAUUCGAUUGGUAGCUGCAUUUUAUUAUCAUCAUACGUUUACAGUAGGAACAUCGCUCACCACUAAUUGUGCUGACUCUACCACUUGGAACGGGAUCCAUCAUAAGACCAUGACUGAUGGUCCGUUUGGAUUCCCGGAUCCAACAUAUGAGGAUCGCGUUUCCCUUGAAUUGGACUCCAAAGGAAUCAUGUUAUUCUUGAGGGACUUAGUACAACAAUAA